AUGGAGAGAGUGCUGGUAUUGUUGGGAUUAGUGGUUCUUCACACUUCAUACACUAUACCAGUUUCCCCUGAAGUACACGGUGUAUGGAAUGGAGAAGAUGAGAAUCCUAUCUUAAAUUUAGGAUCAGAUGCCGACCUGUUUGAAGGGGACGGCACUCAUAUUUACUACAGUCAUGAACUGUGCUUCUCUAGUGUUGGUGACCAGCAGACAGGUCAGAUCUUGUCACUGGGACCAGGCUGUGACCAAGUGGUUGAGCACGAGCUGCUCUGUGCUCUGGGAUUUUACCAUGAACAGUCCCGCAUGGACAACAUCUGGCUGGACCAGGUUACGUCAGAACUUCCACAUAACUUCAACAAAUACAAUGACGACUUCAUCACUGAUCAAAACACUGCAUACGACUAUGAGUCCGUCAUGCACUACAGGCACUUCUCCUCCAACAAGAAUGAAUCCAUCCCCACUAUCACCACCAAAAUCCCAGAGUUCUACAAUAUUAUUGGCCAGUACCUUGAUUUCAGCAAGAUGGACACCCUCAGGCUCACCAGGAUGUACAACUGCUCCGGGCCACUCAUCCUGCUGGAUCAGUGUACCUUUGAGUAUGCAAGCAUUUGUGGGAUGAUCCAGGCCUCUGAUGAUGUGAAGUGUGUCUACACUCAGAGCUCUGCAGGCACACUGGAUCACACACUCCUGGGGCAAUGCAGAGAUGCUGGAUACUUCAUGCACUUCAACACUAUGACUGGGGAGCCCCAGGAGUCUGCUAUGCUGGAACCUCGAAUCCUCUACCCCAAGAGGAAGCUUCAGUGUCUGCAGUUCUUCUACAAGAUGACAGGGGGCCCCGCGGACAGGCUGGUUGUAUGGGUCAAGACAGAUGAUGGCACAGACACUGUUUGCAGGAUGUUUUAUGGUAUUUGUUAA